AUUCUUCCCCCGUCCUCACUGAGCUGAGGACAGGAAGAGACCAGAGACCUUCUUGCCCUCCCAGCCAGAGACGCCUGAGUGGACACGACUGUUUCUGUUGCUGCACUGGUAGCCAUGACUCUGCCUCACAGUCCCAGAAGCGCUGGGGAGCCCCAGGCCCCCCAGGUUGUACAGGUCCACAGGUUGGAACAGAGGCAGGAGGAAGAACGGAAGGAGGAGAGACAACACAGCUUGCACAUGGGUUCUUCUGUCCAAAGGCGGACCUACCGCAGCAGUGAAGAAGAACAGCAGUUCAGCGCUGCUGACUAUGCCCUGGCUGCUGCCCUGGCCCUGACAGCCUCCUCAGAGUUGUCCUGGGAAGCCAAGUUGAGGCGCCAGACUUCCACGGUGGAGCUGGAGGAGCGUGGGCAAAAGCGAGUGGGCUUUGGCAAUGACCGGGAGAGGAUGGAGAUGGCCUUCCUACGGACCCAGCGGCUGCUGCGCCAGAGGCGGAACUGGAGGGCCCUACGGCAACGGACAGAGGAGAAGGUCCAAGAGGCCAAGGAGCUAAUCGAGCUAUGCUCUGGCCGGGGCCCCUGGUUCUGGAUCCCACUUCGCUCACACGCUGUCUGGGAGCACUCUACAGUCCUGCUGACCUGUACCGUCCAGGGUUCGUUUCCCUUCCAGGUCACCUGGUACAAGAAUGACAUUCGUAUAGAUCCCCGCCUCUUUCCUGCGGGCAAAUACCACAUUACCAACAACUACGGGCUACUGACCCUGGAGAUCAGGAGAUGCACGGUUGAGGACUCAGGCACCUACACUGUGCUGGUAAAGAAUGCCUACGGCCAGGCCUCCGCCUUCGCCAAAGUCCUCGUCCGCACUUACCUGGGGAAGGAUGCUGGCUUCGACUCUGAGCUCUUUAAACGAUCGAUGUUUGGUCCCAGUGCAGAAUUCACAUCGGUGCUGAAGCCAGUCUUUGCUAGGGAGAAGGAACCUUUCUCCCUGACCUGCCUGUUUUCAAAUGAUGUGUUAGAUGCAGAACAGAGAAUCCAGUGGUUCAGAGACGGCAGGCUACUGAGGUCCUUGGCACGUAGGCAGAUCCUCUACGCAGACCACCAGGCCUCUGUGAAGGUGUCCUGUGCCUACAAGGAAGAUGAGGGACUCUACACAAUCCAAGUGUCCUCACCCUUUGGGCCUCAGGAGCAGAGUGCCUAUGUGUUUGUAAGAGAUGCUGCAGCCGAGAUGCCAGGAGCCCCAGGCUCGCCGCUCAACAUCCGGUGCCUGGAUGUGAACAGAGACUGCCUGAUCCUGAGCUGGGCACCACCCAGCAACACCCGGGGCAGCCCCAUCACUGGCUACUCCAUUGAGCUAUGCCAGGGUGACUCCGAAGAAUGGGUACCCUGCUGUGAGGCCCCUGGGGGGACCUGUCGGUGCCCAGUCCAAGGCCUCAUUGAAGGGCAGAGCUACCGGUUCAGGGUGAGAGCCAUCAGCAAGGCAGGCAGCAGCCUCCCCUCAAAGGCUUCAGAAGUGGUUGUCAUGGGCGAUCAUGAUGCACUUCAGAGGAAGACAGAGAUUUCCUUUGACCUGGGCAGCAAGAUCACCAUCAACGAGGAUGAUUUUGAAGAUGCUGUAACCAUCCCCUCACCCCCUACCAAUGUCCGCGCCAGUGAGAUCAGAGAGAACUAUGUGGUUCUGAGCUGGGAAGAGCCUCGCCCCCGGGGCAGAGCCCCUCUGACUUACUGCCUGGAGAAGUCCGUCAUAGGUAGUGGAACCUGGGAGGCCAUCAGCUCAGAAACCCCUGUGAAGUCCCCGAGAUUCGCCCUCCUGGACUUGGAAAAGGGGAAAUCGUAUGUCUUCAGAGUACGAGCCCUGAACCAGUAUGGCAUGAGUGAUCCCUCCGAACCCAGCGAGCCCGUUGCCCUGAGGGGCAAGCCAGCUACUCUCCCUCCUCCAGCUCAAGUUCAAGCUUUCCGAGACACAAAGACCUCUGUGUCCCUGGCCUGGGAGCCUGUGGAUGGUGGCACAGAGCUCCUGGGUUAUUAUAUCUACUCCCGGGAGGCUGGGACAUCUGAGUGGCAAACAGUGAACAACAAGCCCAUCCAGGACACCAAGUUCACAGUUCCUGGACUGAAGACAGGGAAGGAUUAUGAGUUUUGCAUCAGGUCGGUCAGCGAGGCUGGGGUUGGCGAAAGUUCAGCCGUCACCAAGCCCAUCAGGGUCAAACAGGCUCUGGCUACCCCAUCGGCCCCAUAUGAUUUUGCACUCCUGCACUGUGGAAAGAAUGAAAUGGUUAUUGGAUGGAAACCCCCCAAAAGGCGUGGAGGCGGCAAGACCCUGGGCUACUUCUUGGACCAGCAUGAUUCUGAGGAGCCAGACUGGCACCCAGUCAACCAGCAGCCCAUUCCAAGCCGGGUGUGCAAGAUCACCAACCUUCGAGAAGGCCACUUCUAUGAGUUCCAGGCCCGAGCAGUGAACUGGGCGGGGGUUGGCGAGCUAUCAGCACCCAGCAGCCUAUUUGAGUGCAAAGAGUGGACGAUGCCUCAGCCAGGCCCCCCAUACGAUGUUCGGGUAUUUGAGAUUCAUGCCACCUCCCUGAUGCUACAGUGGGAGCCCCCACUAUAUACAGGGGCCGGGCCGAUCACAGGCUACCAUGUCAGCUUCCAGGAGGACGGCUCUGAGGAGUGGAAGACAGUCACCCCAGAUACCAUCUCUGACACCCACCUCAAGGUGUCUGACUUGAAGCCAGGAAAGCGGUACCUGUUCAAGGUCCAGGCCAUGAACUCAGCUGGGCUGGGUCAACCAUCGAUGCCCACUGACCCCAUCCUCCUGGAGGACAGACCAGAUGCCCCGGAGAUCAAGGUUGGUGUGGACGAAGAAGGCCGUAUCUACUUGGCUUUCGAAGCCCCCGAAGCCCCCGACUCCUCGGAAUUUCAGUGGUCCAAGGAUUACAAGGGUCCCCUAGAUCCCCAUAGGGUCGAGGUGGAGGAUGAAAUUAACAAGUCCAAGGUCAUCCUGAAAGAACCUGACCUUCAGGAUUUGGGCAUCUACUCAGUGGUAGUCACCGAUGCUGAUGAAGACACCUCUGCAAGCCACACACUGACUGAGGAAGAGCUGAACAAGCUAAAGAAGUUAAGCCAUGAGAUCAGAAACCCAGUGAUCAAGCUGAUCUCCGGCUGGCACGUUGAUAUCCUCGAGCAAGGCGAGGUUCGGCUCUGGUUGGAGGUAGAGAAGCUGUCGCCAGCCGCUGAACUGCACCUCAUCUUCAACCAGAAGGAGAUCUUCAGCUCCCCGAACCGCAAGAUCAAUUUUGACCGUGAGAAGGGCCUGGUGGAAGUUAUCAUUCAGCAACUAUCUGAGGACGACAAGGGGUCAUACACUGCCCAGCUCCAAGAUGGAAAAGCCAAAAACCAGAUCACCCUCACCCUAGUGGACGACGAUUUUGACAAGCUUCUAAGAAAGGCAGAAGCUAAGAGAAGAGAUUGGAAGAGAAAGCAGGGUCCCUAUUUCCAGGAGCCUUUGCAGUGGAAGAUCACAGAGGAUUGCCAAGUGUUGCUGACAUGCAAGGUCACCAAUACCAAGAAGGAGACCCGCUUCCAGUGGUUCUUCCAGAAGAAAGAGGCACCCAGUGGGCAGUACGACCCACAGACUGGAGAUGGGCUUCUGCAUAUCGAGGAGUUGUCCAAAGAAGACCAAGGAAUUUACAGAGCUAUGGUUUCUGAUGAGCGGGGGGAAGACAACACCAUCCUGGACCUCACAGGCGAAGCCCUUGAUGCUGUCUUCACUGAGCUGGGCAGGAUCAGUGCUCUCUCUGCAACCCCACUGAAAAUCCAGGGGACCGAGGAGGGGAUCCGGCUCUUCAGCAAGGUCAAGUACUACAAUGUGGAAUACAUGAAAACCUCCUGGUUCCACAAAGACAAGCACCUGGAGAGAGGUGACCGGGUUAGGGCAGGCACCACCCUGGAUGAGAUCUGGCUCCACAUCCUGGACCCCAAGGACUCGGACAAGGGCAAGUACACCCUGGAAAUAGCUGCUGGGAAGGAAGUCCGGCAGCUCUCAGCAGAUCUCUCCGGGCAAGCCUUUGAUGAUGCCCUGGCAGAGCACCAGAGACUGAAGGCCUUGGCCAUCAUUGAGAAGAAUCGGGCCAAGGUGGUGAGGGGCCUGCCAGAUGUGGCCACCAUCAUGGAAGAUAAGACCCUAUGCCUGACCUGCAUCAUCUCAGGAGAUCCUGUCCCUGAAAUCUCUUGGCUAAAGAAUGACCAGCCUGUCACCUUCCAUGACCGAUAUCACAUGGAGGUGAGGGGGACAGAAGUCACCAUCACUAUCAACAAGGUCACCAGUGAUGACAGCGGGCGUUAUGGUGUCUUUGUCAAGAAUAAGUAUGGCUCGGAGACCGGUCAUGUCACCAUCAGCGUGUUCAAACAUGGAGAGGCACCCAAGGACAUGAAGAAGAUGUGAUGGGCGUGUUCAGGGCCAGCCUGAGAUCUGCAUUGCACGGACCAGGAGGCCAACCAGUGGGUCAUAGCCUGGCAUUGGCUGGGGUGUGGAGUAGGGGAAGGGACAGGGUAGAACCCAGGACAUGAGGGGAGCUGGAGUGGACACACCAGAAAGAAGCAACAGAGAUCCUGCUGGGUCUUCAGAGGCCUCCAAGAUGGGCAGAGGGGGUGGAGGUAGUUAGCACUAGACUUGGAAAUCAGAA